AUUCCAUUGCCACCUUAUCUCCAUUUCCUCUCUUUUUCUUUAACCUUUUUUUUUAGUUUCUUUUUCUUGUUCUUUCAAAAUGAACACAAACCACAACUCUAUUUGAACGCUAAUUCCCUCAAAAUCAUUUCACAAACUGACAAUUUUUCCCCUUCCUUUUAUUAAUCCCCACAAAGGAUCCGUCAGUUCAGAGUCGGCUGCUUUUUCCCUUAUGGCUACUCUCAAUUCUCCACCGUCCGAUUCUAAAUUCCACCGCUUCCCAUCCCUCCGCCGCGCAGUCCACCGUCCACGCCUCCCAACCCUCACUUUUCCACCCAUUCCCGAUGACCCAUUACCCUUAAAUUUUGUGGGUCGUCGUGAUUUCAAAGUCCUGAGGUUGAAUUCAUCGAUUCAUGUUCAAAACAGAGCAAUUUCACCGCCGACAGAGGCAUUUGAGCCAGAGUCGUUGCCGGCGGUUGAGGCGGCGGAUGGGAGGAGGAUUUUGUUGUCGGACGUGGUGGUGAGGCGGCGGAGAGAAGUGUUUUGGAGAAGGAAAUGGACGUUGUUAGACAUCGGAACCAUUGGAGUGGUGGUGGCGACGCAUUUACUUACACUUUUGGCUCCAUUUCAAUUCAAUUGGCCUGCUUUUUGGGUGGCGAUUUCUCUAUAUAUUGUCACUGGUCUUUUCGGGAUAACUCUUUCAUUUCAUCGGAAUCUCUCUCAUCGGAGCUUCAAACUUCCCAAAUGGCUCGAAUAUCUCUUCGCCUAUUGUGGAGUUCAAGCCCUCCAGGGAAAUCCAAUCGAUUGGGUUAGUACGCAUAGAUAUCACCAUCAAUUUUGUGAUUCAGAAAGAGACCCACAUAGCCCAAUUGAAGGCUUUUGGUUUAGUCAUAUGAGUUGGUUGUUUGAUACCAAUUCUGUGGUUGAGAGGUGUGGAGAGCCAAAUAAUGUUGGGGAUUUGCAAAAGCAGCCAUUUUAUAGGUUUAUUCAGAGUACUUAUCUUCUUCAUCCAAUUGCUCUUGGUGCUUUGCUCUAUGCAAUGGGUGGAUUUCCUUUCAUUGCUUGGGGAAUGGGUGUGAGAAUAGUUUGGGUGUACCAUGUCACUUGGCUGGUGAAUUCAGCUUGCCAUGUUUGGGGAAAUCAAGCUUGGAAAACAGGGGAUUUAUCUAGGAACAAUUGCAAAGUUGAGGGACUGAUCAAACAUAAUGUGUUUGUUGGUGGAGGUGGGUGGCAUUGCUUGCAUUUGGGGAGGGAUGGCACAACAACCACCAUGCAUUCGAGUUCUCGGCCCGACAUGGCCUAGAGUGGUGGCAGCUCGACAUGACAUGGGACAUGAACUUGAUAAAGGGUUAAGAGAUCAUGGGUUCGAUCCAUGGUGACCACCUAUCUGGGAUUUAAUAUCCUAGGGAUUUUCUUGACACCCAAAUGUUGUAGGGUCAGGCAGUUGGCCCUUAAGAUUAGUCGAGAUGCAUGUAAGUUGGCCCGAACACUCACUAAUAUAAAAAAAAAAAUGUUCUAGAAAUAUUGGUAAUCGAUGUUGAUGCCAAAAUCUGGAUAAAGAAAAAUGCACCAGACUUUCACGUAACAACAAUGGUAAAUUUAUAACUUGGAGAAGAAUGUGACCUGCAAAAAAGAAAUAUUUGUGCACCGGUGUGGUGCUUUUCACAUUGGCUCCCAUGCUUAAGUCAAAAAAUGAGUGCAGCAUGAGUAUUAGAAUGGACUUACUUCCUCUGAAGUCAUAAUAAUGUACUUAGAGUGAAAUCUAAACCUAUGAUAUUCAUCUCAAAGUUUCCGAGUUAUAUUAGAUUUACUCUUAAGCCAAA